CCCCUGCAGCGAUGGACCACAGUCCCCAGACUGUGUGGAAAUUGAGGGCGGUGAAAACUGGCAGAUCGUUGAUGGGAUCGCAGGCCCCCGCCAAAAAAUUGAAUGCAGCAGCACAGACAAGGGCGUCCCGAAAUUCGAACGUUUAGUUGUACACCAAGCCCAUUGACCUUUGACGACUCAGCACACAAGCUGAGAACCUCGUCAACGACGUCAAGCAAUCAUGGGUCUCGCCGCUGCCAAGAACAAGCGGAAGCUGGGAACCGACCCCAACAACACGAAAUGGUCCCGUAACGAAACCACUUUCGGCCAAAAGAUCCUUCGCGCCCAAGGCUGGCAGCCCGGCGAGUUUCUGGGCGCCAAAGAUGCCGCGCAUGCCGUACAUCACACGGAAGCCAGCUCGUCACACAUCAAGGUCACGCUCAAGGACGACAAUCUCGGUCUCGGCGCGAAACGGAACAAUGGCGACGAGUGCACCGGUCUCUUCGAUUUCCAACAUCUUCUUGGGCGACUGAACGGAAAGAGCGAGGAUGUCCUGGAAGCUGAGAAGCAGAAGCGCGAAAACCACAUGCGCAACCACUACUUGGAACAAAAGAUUGGAACGAUCCGCUUUGUCAGAGGCGGCUGGUUGGUUGGUGACGUGGUCAAGGAAAAGGUGACGGAAGAGGACGGCGUACCACAAAGCGAUGCUGCCGACGAACAAGCGAAGACAACUCCUUCCCAAGACACCAACAGCGCCGAGCCCACAGAACACAAAUCCAAGAAGAGGAAGGCAGAUGCGGACAGCGACGAGGAAGAGGAGAAGGUGGAAAAGAAGGACAAGAAAUCGAAAAAGCGGAAGACCGACACCGAAGCUGAAACAGACAGCGAGUCCUCCAGGUUAAAGAAGAAGGAGAAGAAGGACAAAAAGGAAAAGAAGGACAAGAAGGACAAGAAAGACAAGAAGGAUAAGAAGGACAAGAAGGAUAAGAAGGACAAGAAGAAGUCGAAGGACGCGAAACAGUCUGAAGAGAGCUCUUCAGAUGACGUAGAAUCGUCUGCUACGGAGACCAAGAAGUCGAAGAAGGACAAGAAGAAGGAGAAGGAGAAAAAAGACAAGAAGAAGGACAAGAAAGAGAAGAAGCGCAAGGAGAAGGAGUCGUCAGACUCUGCCACAGAAAGUGAAGACAGCAAAUCGAAAGAUAAGAAGAGGAGGAAAGACGGUGCUGAAACAGAGGCGAGCACACCAGGUGGAAGCGGUACUUCUACGCCUACUGUUACAUCUUCAACCCGGUUCUUGGCCAGGCAAAGGUUCAUUGCGCAGAAAAAGAUGGCUUUCACCGACAGCGCAGCUCUCAACCAGAUUUUCAUGAUCAAGUCAUAGUACAUAAUUGAUGUGGUCGGCUGGGAAGCCUUCUAUGUUGCGUACUAGUUUCUUUUGUUCCAUACCUCAUGAUAAAUUUAGCGUUGCUUUUGACCCCAAUACCUCAUUCACAUUAUAGCAGCUUGUCUAAUGAAAAUGAGUUGAAGGUACCAUUGUCAUGGUUUGACCAAAUCCGCCAGCUACUUCACCAACAAUCCUGAAUUAUGAUUGUUAUGUGAACCUUAGGCUGAAAAACCUUGCGAACCAUCUGUCACUUCAUUACGACGCC